AGUGUACUCAAACACAGGGAAUCAAGGCUAGACGGAGACACACCAAAUCCUCGAGCAGAAGAGAAGAGAAGUACUUUGGUGUCUUCUCUUUGGUUCGAAAGUCGAAGGGUUUUCUCUCGCUUACAUUUCGAUAAACUUAUUAAUCAUUCAGCUUAUCGAUUCAAAUCCAAUCCUUUAAAUUCCAAUAAUUCAAUGAUGGGAAUUGCGCUAAAAGGAUAUUUUGUUGUUUUAUUGCUGGCACUGUUAUCAAGCCCAGAAGCCGUGUUUGGAAUUAGAUUUGUGAUUGAUAGGGAAGAAUGCUUCUCUCAUGAUGUUAAAUAUGAAGGAGAUACAGUUCAUGUUUCCUUUGUUGUAGUUAAGGUUGAUUCGUCUUGGCAUUAUAGCGAUGAUGGUGUUGAUCUGGUGGUGAAGGGACCUUCUGGUGAUCAGAUUCAUGAUUUCCGUGACAAGAUAAGUGAGAAAAUUGAGUUUGUGGCACAUCAGAAAGGAGUCCACCGUUUUUGCUUCACUAACAAGUCUCCUUACCAUGAAACCAUUGACUUUGAUGUCCAUGUUGGUCACUUUUCAUACUAUGACGAGCAUGCAAAGGAUGAGCAUUUUCAGCCAUUGUUGGAACAGAUAUCUAAAUUAGAGGAGGCUCUCUACAACAUUCAGUUUGAACAACAUUGGCUAGAGGCUCAGACUGAUCGCCAGGCAAUUAUAAAUGAUGCAAUGAGCCGGAGGACGAUUCACAAGGCCUUCUUUGAAUCUGCAGCACUUGUCGCCGCUAGUAUUCUGCAAGUUUACCUGCUCCGCCGCCUGUUUGAGCGAAAGCUUGGGAUGUCCAGAGUUUAGAUUGGGCAUGCUGCAUGUUACUUGUACCAAGUGCAAGCUGAGCAGGAUUUCAAACUUUUCUAUCAUACUUUGAUGUUUUAGCGGGAAAAGAGCACCUGUAGACACCGCCUUUUAAAACUUUUUUGAUAAUGGAAUUAACUUUUAUGGUUUUUUCAGAUGA